GAACGAUUUCCUGCUUGUCGUUUCUUUCUGCCCGCUCGCGGCGGAGCCCAAGCCACGGACCGAGGCAUCGGGCCACGAGUGCAUCGAAUCGGCUCCCGCUUGGUGGCGUGCGGCAGUCCACGCCUUCUUCCCCCGACGCAGCGGUGUGGAGGCACGCGCGGGUGCAGAGCCCACGGGCCGCGAAGGCAGGACAGUGAGCACGCGCACUGGAGCACGCACGUGUGCACGCACGAGGCCGACCCGGAGGGCAUCACCGAAGGGGCGGAGGUGAGGCCACCGAAGCCCAAGGACUGGAUGGACGACUGGUGGUCCUGGAUGGCCGGCGCCUCUGGCGGCGCGGCGGCGGGCAGCUGGGACGGCAAGGCCGAGUCCGGCGGCAGCAAGUACCUGCCCCAGGACCAGGAGCACGCCAACCUGGUUGCCCGGGUGAAGGCGGUCCAGAAGAGCGACAAGCUGGAGGGGGCGGACCGGUGGGGGGACUUCGUGUCCGAGCGCGGCGGCAAGCGGGACCCCGCCUCGCGGACGCCAGAGGAGCUCGCCGAGUUCCUGGCCGUGGCCGACCCCGCGCAGGCGACCGAGGGCGUGACGGGGCAGUUCAGCGACGAGAUGGCCCUGGUCGCCCAGGUCAAGAACGGCCAGCGCAACAACGAGGCGUUUAAGAACGCGUGGCUGGAGUACUGCGACGCGAACAUGGAGGGCCUCAGGGACCCCACCAAGCACUCUGCGGAGGGCCUCCGCGCGUUUCUGGAGACCGCGCCGCCAGUGACCGCCGUCGAGAGCGAUGAGGAGCACCGGAAGAUGGUGGAGCAGAUCAAGGAGGGCCAGAGGGCCGACGAGACUUUCAAGUUGGCAUGGUGGAAGUACUGCGAGGUGAACGGGUCCACGUUCAUGGACCCCGCGAAGCACGACAAGGCCUUCCUGCAGGCCUUCGUCGUCGCGUUCGUGCCGGGGCAGGCGCCGCAGCAGGCGGCCGCUGGCCCCAAGGCGGCGGCCGCCGCUGCAGGCUACGGCAAGAUGUCCGGCAAGGGGGAGAAGGGCAAGGGCAAGGGCAAGGGCAAGGAGAAGGGCAAGCCGGGGCCGUACUCGUGGUGGUGAGCGGCGCCAGGCCCCGCGGGGCGGCCCGGGCCCGUGCGCGCCCCGCGCGCGGCAGCCUGCGCGCCGCGCGGCGGGCGGCGGUGCGCGCCGCGGCGCGCCUCUCGGACACCGCGCUGCGCGGCCCCGGCCUGCCGCCGG